GUGGCGACGGCGUGCCGUAGGUGUCAUAAGGAAGAUGGCGGCGUGCAGAGGAGGCUGAGGGCUUCGAGCCCGUGGUGAGAGGUUUCCGUACAGUCGCAGCGAGGGGUUUGGGAAUCUCUGCGCUCUGUUCUUAUUCUCUAUUUUGACGUAUGCGUCCACCCAGGCCCCUGGGCAUGAUGUGGCGGAUCUGCCCUCGGCUAAGGGACCGGGGACGCGGUCUCUUGAACCGGCUUCUCAGUGACCCCACCGCCUCAAUGUGGCUGAGGCCAGACCCGCGGCCUCCAGCCAGGGCCUACGUACCACCAACAGAAAGGAAGAGGUUUUAUGAGAACGUCAGCAUCUCACAGGGUGAAGGUGGCUUUGAGAUAAACCUGGACCACAGAAAGCUGAAAACUCCCCAAGCCAAGCUUUUUACCGUCCCCAGUGAGGCCCUGGCCAUUGCAGUGGCCACUGAAUGGGACUCUCAGCAGGAUACCAUCAAGUUCUACACCAUGCACCUGACCACAUUGUGCAACACAUCCUUGGACAAUCCAACCCAGCGAAACAAGGAUCAGCUGAUCCGGGCAGUUGUAAAGUUCCUGGACACUGACACCAUCUGCUACAGGGUGGAAGAGCCAGAGACAUUAGUGGAACUUCAAAAGAACGAAUGGGAUCCAAUCAUAGAAUGGGCUAAGGAAAGAUACGGCGUGGAGAUCGGCUCCUCCACCAGCAUAAUGGGACCCAGCAUACCUUCCCAGACCCGAGAGGUGCUUAUCAGCCACUUGUCCUCUUACAACAUGUGGGCCCUACAAGGGAUUGAGUUUGUAGUGGCCCAGCUCAAGUCCAUGUUGCUGACCUUGGGCCUGAUGGACCUGCGCCUGACUGUCGAGCAGGCUGUGCUUCUGUCACGCCUGGAGGAGGAGUACCAGAUCCAGAAGUGGGGCAACAUUGAGUGGGCCCACGACUAUGAGCUCCAGGAGCUGCGGGCUCGCACUGCUGCUGGUACCCUUUUUGUCCACCUCUGCUCGGAAAGCUCUACGGUCAAGCACAAGCUGCUACAAGAGUGAGGCCUGGGUUGCAAAUACUGGCUGAAAGGAACUGCACGGACACAGGUGCUCUGAUCGGGGCUCCCCUGGCUGCUGAAUCUCUGGACCUGUGGGGUACCCAGUGUGUACCUGGUCUUCCCCGGCCUUUGUGGCUUGGCCUUAUCCAGAAGCACCCUGUGAUGCCCUGGAGAUGCAAUGUGCCUGUCUUGAGGUCGGAUGGCUUUCAACCCCUGAGGCACCUUUGGCCUGGCCAGGAACGAGGGAGGCAUAGAGACUUUCUGUGGACCCUGAUUUUAUUAAAUAUUUUUUCAUCCUGUAAAUAUAUCAAGCCUCAUUCUCA